UUAUGGCUCAUUAGGUUAGGUAAGCUGCAGUGAGAUACAGUCAGUGGUACAUUGGAAAAAGAAACAUAAACAUUGCACAAUAUGGUCUUAAAUAUUAUGUAGUUGUGUACGAAGGUAGUGUUCGAAGAUAAUAAAUGUAAUCUUAAAAGCAAUUAUUUUAAACUAACGUGUAAUGUAAUACGGAGAUAUAAAUAGAGCAAACGACUAACUGCGCUUGAGCGGGGCAGAGGCCGGUCACCAUACAGCUGUAGCCAUGGGGGCACAGAAAUGGUGUCUCCUAAUACCGAUGUUCUUGGCAUCGGUGAGAGCUGGACUGAACGACAAUGUUGCACAAUCGUUCUAUGAAACUCCACAGUCUUCAUCACCAGCACCAGUCACGUCAACCCAACACCCUGCACAGAGGGGAAUGAAAGAAAUUGUACUAUUCCUAACACCCGAUCAAGUGGACGUGCUUCAAGCAGCUGGGGCUGUAGUACAACCUUACCCAGAAUACGAAUCUGAUUUUGCUGAACUGCAAGAACGGUUCCGACAAAGCAUUGAAUAUGAAAACCAAAUGCCUCAUCAAGUUUGGAUGAAUUCAAGCGAUGACAUCAAACAGAACCCAGACAUAUUAGAAGAUUAUUACAAACUUUUAAACAUUCAAGAAAUCAAUGACGAUUUGUCUCAUCACCCUAUGCUAGCUACAACCACGGAAACUACUACUGAGACACCUACAACAACGACUACAACACCAAAGUAUAAAUAUACGAAAGCAAGACAACAAUACAAAGACAAAGAAUAUUCAACUCCAUAUACUCCUAAAAAAGCUAAUCGACAGAAACCUAAUAACCAAAAUAAUGAAGAACAACAGUACGUUCGUUUCCUACCAACUUAUGAAAGUGAAAAUUUACAAAUGGUUCCCUUCGACACUUUACCCCUUCCUGGAUAUACAUUUGGAGUUCAAACAGAAUUUAAUAUGCAAACAACUGGCAUAACUCUACCAACUACUAAUACUGUUGCAAGUACUCAGUUACAAAUAAACCCAGAGAUUAAUGAUCCGGCUGAAAUAACAACGCAUGUAGGAGUUACUACUGAGACGCAGGUAAAAACCUCCCCUCAACAACCUGAGCGGAUUCAACCAAUUGCAAAUACUGCGGUACAAGUUGAACAACAACAAAUUUUAUAUACGCCUGUGCAUACGACCCAAAGAAAUAACUAUAGCAGACAAGAACUCUAUAGGCCGGUCAAAAUUCGUAUCAAACUGGACAAGCAAACCACAGUCCCUCCUCAGACUCAGAGUUUUUUGGAAAUUACACCAAAACCUACGCCUACACCUACACCUCAAUCAUAUUUAGAAUCUCAGUAUGCUAUUGAUUUCAAGAAAACUCUUAGCUCUCUUGAGGGCCUUCGAACACCACCGGAGGUGCAACAGGAGAAGCCAAAACUUACGCCGAAACCACUACCAACUGCCCCAACUCCAGUCGUGCACCAAGAUAAACUGGCAGUACUUUUGGCACCACUUUACAAACACCAUUCUAUAACCGAAACAAUUACGCAUCAAAAGCAAGAACUAUUGAACGGUGAGUUUAAGAUUCGCAGCAAAUUACAAGAAAUGAAGGAUUCUCAUAAUUAUAACCAUCAGGCUUAUACCGUAGCUGUGGAUAACUUGAACAGAAACUUGGGCCAGCAGAAUGCUUUGGCAAAGCUUGAAGCUUCUAGGGUUUCUAAUUCAGGACAAUCUGGAAUACUGCCUUUGGAAUUGGCGAGCAGUACUGAGUAUCCAACGGUGAUACGUAUUCCUCAGCCUCAAGAAGUAAAAAUUCCUGCUCCUUACGCCUCGCCUCCGGAUUUCAUGAAACUGUUUAAAGCCCCGAAACCCGUGGACAACAAGCGUGGUCCUCAUUACCAAGGAGGUAAAAACUAUCUUAAACUGGAGAGACCACAGCCAACUUACAAAGAAGUUCCUAGAACCGAGAGGUAUCUGAUUCCCACCAGGAUCCCAGUUAAUGUACAGGAACCAGUUUCUUACGUCAUCCGUCACAUUUGGGAACAUUAGAAUUAGUCGUUUCAAACACAAAUGGUCUUUGAAACAUAAUUUAUUUUACGAAGAAUAGUAUUUAGAAUACCCAGUGCAAUAUUGAUGCCAUUGAUUAAGUGAUAUAAUGUAUUUAAGAUAAUAAUAUGAAAGUUGUUAUUUGUAUUUAUUAUAGUUAAAUAAAAUGUGAUUGGACAAGUUUAGUAAAGAAUUUAUUGCUGGUUUCAGUGGCUUACGCCUGAGACAUGAUUUCAUUAUUCUUGUUCGCUGUGAGUUGCACGACAAAAUGUACAAGGCGCUAAGGGAUAAUAUUUAUUUACUUAGUAAUGCCUAUACAUUUAAUUUGAAAGUGAAUCUGUGCCUAAAUGACGUGAUAUUUUUUGUUUAAUGUUAUUAUAGUAUAUUGUUUGAAA